CAACAGUACGCGUCGUACGUGCAGCUUGUGACGUCACACGGUGGGCGUGGAAACGGCCCACAUCAACAAAAGGGGAAAAAGACUCGAAAACAGACAGAAGACCUUGUUCAAGAAGAUGUCCAUCUAAACGUGUCAGGUUAAUUCGAGUUAACCGUAAGUAAACCCGAGUCUCGACAUGGAGGCCUUCAGACUCAUGAAGGAGCUGAAGCUGAACCUUGAGCAGGAGAGUCGAUACCUGCCCAAGGAGUCGGGACUGAAGCUGAUCGAGUCGAAUCCUGAGGGGAUGGGAAUUUCUGCAAAAUGUCGCAACGCCAAAGUGGAGGAUAUCUGGAGCUUGACCAGUUUCUUCGGCUACAGCACACAGACCUUCGUCCUAGCUGUUAAUCUGCUGGACAGAUUUCUAGCUAUGAUGAAGGUUCAGCCCAAACAUCUGGCCUGUAUCAGCAUUGGCUGCCUCCACAUUGCUACCAAAGUGGUGGAAGAUAAGUGUGAUGUGUCGUCAACACACGAGCUGAUCCGCAUCAGUCAGUGCAAGUUCACUGUGUCUGAUCUCGGGCGCAUGGAGAAAAUCAUCUCUCAGAAACUCAACUUCCAGUUCCAAGCCAUCACUGCCUUAACGUUUCUGCACCUGUACCAUGCGAUUAUACUGUCACAUACCUCAAGCAGGAAAGAAGUCCCCAGUCUAGACAAGCUGGAAGCCCAGCUUAAAGCCUGCCUUUGCCGCAUUGUAUUCUCCAAAGCAAAACCAUCGGUGCUAGCUUUGUCACUUAUAAAGCAAGAGAUUGAGGCCUUGCAGUCUGUGGACCUGUUUGAGAUCGCCCAGUCCAUUCAAAGACAUUUAAGAAUCUCGGAAACGGAGCUACAGCUCUGGAGAGGCCUUGUGGCCCAGUGCCUGGUGCAGUACUCUUCGCCUACAUGCUCCAAACCCAAUCACAGGAAGCUGGUGUGGAUCGUGUCCCGGCGCACAGCAAAGAACCUGCACAGCAGCUACUGCAGUGCACCAGAGCUGCCCACGAUCCCUGAAGACUGCUGGAGUGAGAGUGAGGACUGGAGUGAAGAGCUGAGCUCAGGGGAGGAGUCUCUCAGCAGUUCUUUGGGCAGCGAUGCAGAUGGGCCUUAUUUCCCUGCCCACUUUCAAAAAAAAUAAGUUGCCUAAAGGUGCUCAGCUGAUUAGAGGCCAUUCUACAAAGUAACCUCAAAACAUGGCAGCAGAAAUGUUGACUGCCUUGUGAUCCAGCUUCCGUAGUGAUGUCAUGAACUACCCAGACCUCUCCAUGUUAAAGAGCCACAGUGCCUGGGUUCCACACAAGACAUUACUUGAGAAUGUAGUAUGGCCAUUUUUUUUUCUUUAUUUAAUUUGAAUCUCUUGAUUAUUCUAUUUCACCUUAUUAGCCAUUACUGAUCCGCCUUUCUUCCUUUUUGUAACGGUUUUAAGCUAAAAAAAAAAAAAUAAUAAUUUUGCACAACACAGGCAGCUAAAGUUUACAACCAGAGACCUUUAAAAAAACAAACAAAAAAAAAUCUUCAGUUGUAAGAAUUGUUGGUGCAUGUUCAGGUUUGCCACAUUCCAGGAGAUGACAGAAUCAUUCAAGAUGUGAGACUUCAACAACUUAGUACUGUUGUGUUCUGGGACAUUUAUCCCAGUACUGUGCACAGUUUUGUAUAACAAUAGUCAUGGAUAAGUGGCAGGUUCUAUCACUCUUCAGUCUGUGUUCAGCUAGAGACAGUAGGGUUGUUUUUUUUUGUGUGUGUGUGUAUGCUCUACUUCUUAUAUAUGUGUGGUGAUGUGACCCUUAGACUUCACAGAUUAGGUUAGGUUUAAAUUAGCCAAAGUAUGUUUCUGUAUGGAGCAAAACACAAUAACAUUGAACGUGUGUAUGUGAGAAAA